AGCUAAUCGCACAUCGAAAAACAUCCUUCGUCAAGAAACGUGCAAGUUUAUGAAAUUCAACCUGUGGAGGAAUCAACGACUUCUGCAAUGUGAACUUUGGGGAAUUAAAUCCUCGAGAAGCGUGCAAAGGAAAAAGCUAUUGAACUUACUCAUUAAGAAGCACUCCAGUUGAAGUUUUACAUGAAAGUGAUGUUCUAGAAAAAAAAACACCAACGAUAGCCAUAUUCUGCUGCGUGCCUCUUUAGUGUGUUUGUAGCCCGUUGUGGAUUAUUAUGAGGCGCCAUGGCGUGGUGUGACCGUGGGUGUCAGAUACUGUUGACCAUCGUGGGCGCUUUUGCAGCUUUCAGUCUGAUGACCAUAGCUAUUGGGACCGACUACUGGCUCUAUUCUCGGGCGUACAUAUGUAACGCCACCAAUGCCACCACGGAGGACAUGCAACCCAAGAAAACUAGAGGCGACCUGACGCACUCCGGACUGUGGCGGAUUUGUUGUAUAGAAGGGAUCAACAAAGGAAGCUGUCUUCGGAUCAAUCACUUCCCAGAAGAUAACAACUAUGACACAGACAGCUCGGAAUACAUCUUACGUAUAGUGCGGGCCUCCAGCCUCUUCCCCAUCCUGAGCAACAUCUUGUUGUUGCUGGGAGGACUGUGUGUCGGGGCUGGGAGGAUCUACAGCAGUAGGAACAACAUCCUGCUCAGCGCCGGCAUCCUGUUUGUGGCUGCAGGUCUAAGCAACAUCAUCGGCAUCAUCGUCUACAUCUCCAGUAAUGCCGGUGACCCCAGCGACAAGAAGGACGAGAACAAUAAGGGCAGCUAUGGAUACGGCUGGUCUUUCUACUUCGGAGCUCUGUCCUUCAUCGUGGCCGAGUCCGUCGGCGUUCUCGCUGUCAACAUCUACAUCGAGAAGAACAAGGAGACGCGGUGCCGGGCGAGGCGUGAGUUUAUCAAGACCACCUCGUCCACCUCGCCCUACUCCCGUAUCCCUAGUUACCGUUACCGGCGGAGACGCUCCAGUUCCCGCUCCACCGACCCGUCCCGAGAGACCUCACCCGUCGGGGUGAAGAUGGGAGGAGGAGGGGGAGCAGGUGUAGGAAGUGGAGCAAGCUUUGGGAUGCCCAUGGGUGGGAUCUCCAUGUACGCCCUCAGCAGGGACACUAUGAAAAGUGGGAUAGCUGGGUACUGUAGUCCAGAGCGUGACUCAAGCUUCCUGCAGGUCCACAACUGCUUCCAGAAAGAUCUGAAGGAGGGUGUGAACAGGAGAACGACUCCCGUGUGAGAGUUGGAACGCAUCUCUGAACUUGGAAGGAUACAGGAGACUUCACAAAACUGUAAAGGAAACAGCUGGACAGCACAAGACCCAGGAUCAUUGUUGCAGCUACAAAACCCAGACCAUCUUCCAUGUUGAAAGGUCAUAGUUCAUAUGAUGGAGUGUGCUCUUUUCUUUGGUAUAACAAAUUGCCGUCUGUCUUCGUUUGGAUGUGGAGGAGAAAUGGAGCCUUUACCUAAGGUUUAUUACGAAAACCUUUGGUAAAGCUAAUAUAAGUCCAUUUACAAAAAGACUACAGAAACCCAGACCUUUAGUAGCAAUGCUUUUGUGAUACAUGAUAGUGUUUUGCAUACCCCUCAACAAAUGGUAGUCAUGUCUUGUUGUUUUGAUGUUGUCAAGUGAUAAAACUCACUUGAGGGGUUUUGCCAUUGUAACUGGUGCUAUACACUUUCAACACACUUUAAAUAUUCUGAUUACACUUAGAAAAAGGGUUCCAAAAUAGUUGUUUUGGCUGUAGCAGAACCCUUUUUUCGUUCUGGGUAGAACCCUUUUUUGGUUCCGGGUAGAACUCUUUUGGAAAGGGUUCUAUAUUGAAUAAAAAAUAUGAACAUAAGAUCCCAGAAAUGUUCCAUGCGCACAAAAAGCGUAUUUCUCUAAAAGGUUGUGCACAAAUUUGUUUACAUCCCUGUUAGUGAACAUUUUCUCCUUUGCCAAGAUAAUCCAUCCACCUGACAGAUGUGGCAUAUCAAGAAGCUGAUUAAACAGCAUGAUCAUUACACAGGUGCACCUUGUGCUGGACACAAUAAAAGGCCACUCUAAAAUGUGCAGUUUUGUCAAACAACACAAUGCCACAAAUGUCUCAAGUUUUGAGGAAGUGUGCAAUUGGCAUGCUGACUGCAGGAAUGUCCCCCAGAGCUGUUUCCAGAUAAUUUAAUGUUAAUUUCUCUACCAUAAGCCGCCUCCAACGUUUUAGAAAAUUUGGCAGUACGUCCAACUGGUUGGGCCUAUUCCCUCCCAGGACAAUCCAUGCCUGUGCCCCAGUCAUGUAAAAUCCAUAGAUUAGAGUCUAGUGAAUUUAUUUAAAUUAGCUGAUUUCCUUAUAUGAACUGUAACUCAGUAAAAUCAUUGAAAUUGCUGCGUUUUAUAUUUUUGUUCAGUAUACAUUAAACACCAAAAGGUUCUACCUGGAACUAAAAAUGGUUAUUCAAAGUGUUCCGAUAUGGGGACAGCUGAAGAACCCUUUUCGGUCCUAGAUUGCAAAUGUUCUCCUAAAACCGGGGAAUUUGGUAAAUUUACUGGAAUUUUGUAACUCUAAUCCUUCUCUCCAACUGUUAUGUGAUACUCAUCUAUCUAUCCUCUGUGGUCUUUGUAUUGGAGGGAACUGGUGUACCUGUAUGUUUGUACUAUUAUCUGAGCCAUUGCCAUACUCUUACUAUUAGUAAAUAUACAAAUACUAACCCUUUGUAGAUUGAAAAUAAGUACGGGGAUGUAUGGAAAUACUGAACUCCUUUUCAUGAAUAACAUUCCAAUCAAUAUAAAUAAUAGAUUUAUUUCAAUCAAACGUACAUUGUCUUUAUUGAGUGUUAGUUUAUUUUAGAUUUUGCUCAGGGACGCUGUGUUGGUAUUAACUCAUUUACACCAUUAUGAAGUGUUACCUAUUAGGUAUAUUACAUAAAAGCAUUUGUGUUAUAUCUUAUCUAAUGCCAUAAAGACUGUCAUC